AUGUCCGGCGAGCCAGACCACGCAGCGGCUAAGAACAAGGUCAAGCUGGAGAACGACCCUUCCGGCGCCGAGAAGCACGAAGACGAGGUCGCCACCGCCAUCCUCAAGAAGAAGAAGAAGCCCAACUCGCUGAUUGUCACCGACGCGACCAACGAUGACAACUCGAUUAUCAGCUUAUCGAACAACACCAUGGAGACGCUCCAGCUCUUCCGUGGUGACACCGUGUUGGUCAAGGGCAAGAAGAGGAAGGAUACUGUCCUGAUCGUCCUGAACGACGAUGACCUGGACGAUGGUAGCGCCCGCAUCAACAGGGUGGUGCGCCACAACCUCCGCGUUAAGCAUGGCGACAUCAUCACGGUCCACCCGUGCCCGGACAUCAAAUACGCCAAGCGCAUCGCCGUCCUUCCUAUUGCCGACACCGUCGAGGGUCUCACCGGCUCCCUGUUCGAUGUAUUCCUGGCUCCUUACUUCCGUGAAGCCUACAGGCCUGUGCGCCAAGGUGACCUCUUCACCGCUCGCGGAGGUAUGAGGCAAGUGGAGUUUAAGGUCGUCGAGGUGGAUCCCCCGGAGUUCGGUAUCGUUGCGCAAGACACGGUCAUCCACUGCGAGGGCGAGCCUAUUCAGCGCGAGGAUGAGGAGGGUAACCUGAACGAGGUCGGCUACGACGACAUCGGUGGUUGCCGUAAGCAGAUGGCUCAGAUCCGUGAACUGGUCGAGCUGCCCCUCAGGCAUCCCCAGCUCUUCAAGUCGAUCGGUAUCAAGCCCCCUCGCGGUAUUCUUAUGUACGGCCCUCCUGGUACUGGUAAGACCCUCAUGGCUCGUGCUGUCGCCAACGAGACUGGUGCCUUCUUCUUCCUGAUCAACGGUCCGGAAAUUAUGUCGAAGAUGGCUGGUGAGUCGGAAUCGAACCUCCGCAAGGCGUUCGAGGAGGCGGAGAAGAACUCUCCUGCGAUCAUCUUCAUUGAUGAAAUCGAUUCUAUCGCGCCAAAGCGUGAGAAGACCAACGGCGAGGUUGAGAGGCGUGUCGUUUCCCAGCUUCUUACCCUCAUGGACGGCAUGAAGGCCCGUUCCAACAUUGUCGUUAUGGCUGCGACUAACCGUCCCAACUCUAUCGACCCCGCUCUUCGUCGUUUCGGCCGUUUCGACCGAGAGGUCGACAUCGGUAUCCCCGAUCCCACUGGCCGUCUGGAGAUCAUGUCCAUCCACACCAAGAACAUGAAGCUCGGUGAUGAUGUCGACCUUCAGACCAUCGCCGCUGAGACUCACGGUUACGUCGGUUCUGAUUUGGCUUCUCUCUGCUCUGAAGCGGCCAUGCAACAGAUCCGUGAGAAGAUGGAUCUGAUCGACCUGGACGAAGACACAAUCGACGCUGAGGUCUUGGACUCUCUGGGUGUUACCAUGGAGAACUUCCGCUUUGCCCUUGGUGUCUCUAACCCCUCGGCCCUGCGCGAGGUUGCCGUCGUCGAGGUGCCCAACGUUCGCUGGGAGGACAUUGGUGGUCUCGAGGACGUCAAGCGCGAGCUUAUCGAGUCCGUCCAAUACCCUGUCGACCACCCCGAGAAGUUCCUCAAGUUUGGUCUUUCGCCUUCUCGUGGUGUCUUGUUCUACGGACCUCCUGGUACUGGUAAGACGCUCUUGGCCAAGGCUGUUGCCAACGAGUGCGCUGCCAACUUCAUUUCCAUCAAGGGCCCCGAGCUUCUGUCCAUGUGGUUCGGUGAGUCUGAGAGCAACAUUCGCGACAUCUUCGACAAGGCCCGUGCGGCAGCUCCUUGCGUUGUGUUCCUUGAUGAGCUGGACUCUAUUGCCAAGUCUCGUGGUGGCUCUGUCGGCGAUGCCGGCGGUGCUUCUGACCGUGUGGUUAACCAGCUUCUGACUGAGAUGGACGGCAUGACCUCCAAGAAGAACGUCUUCGUCAUUGGUGCAACCAACCGUCCUGAGCAGCUCGACAACGCUCUCUGCCGUCCCGGUCGUUUGGAUACCCUCGUCUAUGUUCCUCUUCCGGACAAGGACUCUCGUGCCGGUAUUCUCAAGGCUCAGCUUCGCAAGACUCCUGUCGCUGCGGAUGUUGAUCUUGACUACAUUGCGGCCAACACGCACGGCUUCUCUGGUGCCGAUCUUGGCUUCGUCACCCAGCGUGCUGUCAAGCUUGCUAUCAAGGAAGCGAUCUCCACCGACAUUGCGCGCACCAAGGCUCGCGAGGCUGCUGGCGAGGACACGACCAUGGAGGACGAGGUCGAGGGCGAGGACCCUGUGCCUGAGCUCACCAAGGCCCACUUCGAGGAGGCCAUGCGCUCCGCUCGUCGCUCCGUCACUGACGUUGAAAUCCGCCGUUACGAGGCUUUCGCUCAAAGCAUGAAGAACUCUGGCGGUAGCAGUUUCUUCCGCUUCCCUGAGGCUGGUGAGGACCAGACUGGCAACAACAACUUCGGCGCCGGUGGUGAUGAUGAAGGCCUUUACGACUAA